UGCUGGAAGGAGACAACUGCGUGUUUGAUGGGAUGAUUUAUCGCAAUGGGGAGACCUUCCAGCCCAGCUGCAAGUACCAGUGCACCUGCCGGGACGGGCAGAUCGGCUGUCUGCCCCGCUGUAACCUGGACCUGCUGCUCCCGGGUCCCGACUGCCCUUUCCCCAGAAAGGUUGAAGUCCCCGGAGAGUGCUGUGAGAAGUGGAUAUGUGACCCCAAAGACGAAGUGAUUUUGGGAGCCUACAGACAAGAGGCCACACUCGGGAUCGAUGUGUCAGAUUCAAGUGCCAAUUGCAUUGAGCAGACAACAGAGUGGAGUGCUUGUUCCAAAAGCUGUGGAAUGGGCUUUUCCACCCGUGUUACCAACAGAAAUCAACAGUGUGAGAUGGUGAAGCAGACCCGACUUUGCAUGAUAAGACCUUGUGAAAAUGAAGAGCCAGCUGAUAAGAAAGGGAAGAAAUGUAUCCGAACAAAGAAGUCCCUGAAAGCUGUUCACUUUGAAUACAAGAACUGCACUAGCCUGCAGACAUACAAACCUCGUUACUGUGGCCUCUGCAGUGAUGGGCGAUGCUGUACCCCACACAACACCAAAACGAUUCAAGUUGAAUUCCGCUGUCCUCAGGGCAAAGUCCUAAAAAAGCCAGUGAUGUUGAUCAACACCUGUGUCUGUCAUAAUAACUGUCCUCAGAGUAACAAUGCUUUCUUCCAGCCGUUAGAUCCAACAUCUAGUGAAGCAAAAAUAUGAAAAGCAAAAUUAGGUAGCGCAAAAGUUAUAAACGGUUUAUACAGAACUUGACCCACAAUCAGGUGAAUGUAACAAUUGCAUAUGUAAAAUAUCUAAGGUGUUUUUCAGAGCAGUCUAGGCGCUUUCUUUUUUCCUAUAGUUUAUUAAAUACCUCAAUUUACAUUUUCCCACUCCAAAUGUCUUUUAUUCACUUGAAGGAAAUUUUGUACCUUGGACAGAGCCUUAUUUUUUCUUGAUGGUGGCAUGAAGAUUACAGAACAGCUGGUCUUUCUCCUUGAGUUAAGGGGAUCAUGUCAUGA